AUGAAAUUCACUGAGAUGAAACUCCACGCCAUGAAUGCUGUGAAAGCGUACUUCAAAAGGGAUUGGAAAAGAAGAGAUAUGAUGAAUUCUGAGGAAAUUCCCCUGUACGCUUACAAAUCCUUGAAGAAGGUGUAUCUUACCCUUUUCUGUGCCCUGUUGAGCUCUACUGUUGGAUCCUUCUUGCAUUUGAUCUGGGAAGCGGGAGGCUUCUUCACUGUCCUAAUUUCAGCUGCAAGUAUACUAAGCCUUUACUUUACACCAGCAAUGAAAGUGAAAAAGAGGGUCUUAUACUUGAUGAUUGCUGCCUAUUCGUUAGGAGCUUCUGUUGGACUUCUUACCGAAUAUCACUUUGAAAUUGAUCAAGGGAACCUGAUUUUUGUAGUUCACAGAGAGAGGCUUUCUGUUAAUUACUUGUGGUUCCAUUAUCCUUAG